GGAAGUAGAUAUGUGCACGUACAGCUGGGCUUCCGUGUGUGAGUAGUUCAGCCUUAGUGGACGAAUUUGGUCAUGUUUUAUCAUGUUUUGAGAAGGCUGUCGACGGGGACAGUUGUUAUUAGUCGUUGUGUGGGACAAACGCUUCGUGUCCCGGCCAUAAGUCCCGCUGUUGUCCCGGUCCGGAGCUUCACUGACCCUGUUCAAGACACAGUGCAGCCGCCUUUUGACGCCUCUCUGCUGGAAGUGCUCGUUUGCCCUCUGUCCAAGAAGCCCCUCAGGUACGAAGCUGAAACCAAUGAGCUGAUCAAUGACGAACUUGGAAUUGCCUAUCCAGUCGUCGAUGGCAUCCCCAAUAUGAUUCCCCAGGACGCCAGGCUGAUUCAGAAAACUCCAGAGACACCCACUCAGGAGUAG